AUGCCGGAUCACGGACGAGGACGGGUGCACCGUUUUCGCGACCACGUCGUCGCCGGCGUCAACUGGCGACCGACUCGGUUCGUCGACGAGGUUCCCAGUUCACGUGUGUGCGGCCUCUGCCGCAUGAUCCCAAAACGGACGGUGCUGUUGCCGUGCGGUCACGCUCUGUGCCAAUCGUGCCACGCAGGCAGUCUCGAAGGGGGCGUCGGACAGUGUCCACUGGAUCAAGUGCAAUUCGAAGAAGCGGAGUGCGUCGGUUAUGAAUUUCCUACAAGGAUAGCGAAUACCUUGAAGGUACACUGCUGGAAGGAAGUUUACGGCUGCGAGUACACGGGAACCAUGGACCACAUGCUGGAACACUACGAGAACGAGUGCACAUUUCACACCGUGGAAUGUUUGCGAUGCGGCGAGAGAGUCCAGCACAGAGAACUGGCAACGCACUACGCGGCCGGAUGCAGGGUCGGUGUUCCUUCCACGACCACAGAGUUUGCCUCCUCGGAGAUUACAGCAGUGACACUUGAAGACGUGAACGCUGCCGUUGAAGACGUGAAGGCGAUGCUGCGAUGUCUCAACCACGACCAGCUGCUGCCAGUUAUUCACAGUCAGUUGAAUGAGCUUACGGAACAAGCCAGAAACCGGAAAGCCAGGGUCUCUGAGAUCAUUGGCGAUGUCAGAGCAUGCGAGCGCAAGUUAAACGUCAUCUAG